AAAUGGAAGAUCGGUUUAUGGCAGCCAAUCCUUCUAAAGUCUCCUAUGAACCAAUUACAACCACAUUAAAAAGGAAACAAGAAGAGGUAUCUGCUGUCAUCAUUCAGCGUGCUUACAGACGGCACCUUUUAAGGCAAAAAGUUAAAAAAGUUUCAUGUAUGUUUAAAAAAGAAGACAAAGAUGAGGAUGACCUGCCUAUCAAAGAAGAUAUGAUUAUGGAUAAGCUGAAUGAGAACUCCACUCCAGAAAAAACAGAUAUGACUCCUUCCACAACCUCUCCACCUUCCUACGAUAGUGUAACAAAGCCUGACAAAGAGAAGUAUGAAAAAGACAAAUCGGAGAAGGAAGAUAAAGGUAAAGACAUCAGGGAAAGUAAAAAGUAAGAGAGAAUUCUAUUUAUGAAAUAGUGUUUACAGCUUGAGAAAGUGAUGUAUUUCCAUCAACGGGACUCCUGUAGGAGGUCUAUGCCAAACUGACAGAUUUUACAUAUAUAAAUAUAUAUAUAAAUAAUGAUAUAUAUACUAAAGGUCAGUGCCUAUAACAAGACAGUGACCCCUCGUCAUCAAACUGUAACUCUGUAAAACAGAGUAACAACCUUGACAGGAGGUUAUUGUUUUCAUUACCAGCUGACACUGCUGAAGAGGAGACAAAAUGGCUACUCAGACUGUAGGGACCAAUUUAAAAAAGGUGCAGACCUACGAAUCUACAUGUUUAACAUACAACACUUGAGUACAAUAACUGUAUCCACUGUUUGCAUUUCAACUGCCACAAUUGCCAUAUUUUUACAAAAAUCAGUGUUGGUGAAUUUAUCAUUUUUUUAAUCCACAGGUUGUUUACUAUUAUAUGUGACUAUUUUUGUAAAUGGGUUUUAUGUUGGGGAAGGGGGGAAUGGGGAUCAGGGAUUAUAUUCUCUGGUUCUCUAUAAUGUACAGAUGGAAGUGAUUUGCAUGAAGGCAUGCUGCACUUGUAGAUCAUGCAUGGAAAAACAUGACAUCGCACAAAGCAAUGGAGUCUAACUACUUCCAUGUUUCAGGGUGGCUCUAUAUUUUGAGGUGCUUAAAACAGUUUUCAUGUGGUGUCUCAUCAAGACAAAUCUUAAUGUGCCUGUAAAGUCCCAUAGAAUUAUUGAACAGAUGUUUUAUUUUUUCACAAACCAUUAAACUGUAGUUGAGACAAACUCUAUUAAAAAUUGUGUGGAUUUAAAUUCCAUUUUUAAGUGUUCUUCUGUGGAAAACACAAAUAUCCAUUGAAUCUAACCUGACAAAUUUAACUGACCAAAAAACCAACCUUCAUAAAGUUAUUCUGCUUCACUCUGCAGUACUUCACCCUGCAGUAUCGUUUAGCCAUCAUCUGCUCUCAGCAAGGUUGACAUCGUAUGUGUCAAAAAUCUAACACCGUUGAUGUAAAUAGUUAUUUUACCCUGUGGUGCAUGUUUGAGCAAACAAAUAAUGACCAGUGCACAAUAUUUAUUGCAUCAAAUAUGUACCACAAAAAGUGUAGUUUGCAAGUUUUCAGCAGAUAAUAUGAUGUAUUCUGCACCAUUAUAGAUAGUUUGGAGGCUAUCACUGAUGCAUGUUUAUCUUGCCUUUGCUGCUGUACUUUACUCCUUCCACUGUUAAAGAGUUUAAUAUGGGAAACCAUAUGUCAGUGGUAAAGUGAAACAAAUUGUUGAAAUGGACAUCAUUCUUUCAUGUCAUCGAGCAAUAGUUUGCAGCUAUUUAAGAGCUUCUUGCUUUGCAUUCUUAAAUUUUAAGUGAAAACUGUAUGGUGUAUAGCCCAACUGUACAGGACAUGUUUCCAACUGCUUAAUCUGUUGAAAAUACAUGGAUGGAAUUUUCUAAGAAAAUAUAAAUAUUGUAAAAAUAUCAUUUUAUUUUAUUUUUCAGCAUUUUGUACAUAAAAUAAGAAAAGAAAAUUAUCUUCAGGUUGAUGUCACAGUCACUUUUGUUACUUUCUGUCCAUAGCACUUUUUAAUUCAAGAACUUCACAAAAUAAGAAAUAAAGGAGAGAAUGAGGUGGUUCUAGGUUUCCGCUUUUUAUUAGUACUGUAUUUUUGCACACAUUUUAAUGUGAAAUAAGUUUCAAACUGAGUCCAAAAUGCACUUGCUUCCAAAUAGAUAUAACUUGUAAUUGAAAUGUUGUGGGGAAGAUUUGUUUGAAGUCCUAACACUGCCUGCAUCAGAAGUUUCAAGGUAGUCUUUUUAUUCAUGGAAUCCUUGAUCUUUACCAGUGUUUGUUUACAUAGAUUAUUCUUAUCUUGUUGAUUCAUGCUGCACUAGAACUGUUCUAGGUAUAAUAUGGGAUCCACAAUGAUUUUUUUUUCACAAUAACUAAGUAGCGAACUUGUAUAAUUGAUCACAUCAGGACAUUUUUCUGUUUGUUACACAAGCAAAAAUUAAAUGUUGAUUCCUCUUUUUACUAAAAUUAUUGACUUGUGUGUUGGUGAACUGCAUGCAGGAAAAUGCUAUUACCAUACAAGAACAGUAAACCACAUUACAGUUGAGCCAAAAGAAUAAAGACUUCAUUUUUUUUAUUGUAUUUAAUUGGUCUGUCUUCGUUUUUAUG